AAUCAAUAACAAACCCUGCAAGUGCGAGGGGAACUUCACUCAAGUACAUUCCAUGAUGUCAUACUUCAUCAUCUCCCAUUAUAUGGCAUCACAGUUAUGGCGAAUGUUAAGCAGCUACCCGAUGUUUUCCAUUCAUUCAUAAGGGCUUACCUUAGACAUUUCCCUUCUAAAUAUCUAGUAGUUAACCUCAAUUUUGGAACACUGAAUUAGUAAAUAUUUUGAACCAAGAUCCAGCUGUUCAAAAUGGUAGCUAUUCGAAUAAGCAACUCCAUGAACGCCCUACGAGCCGCUUGUACUCGCGCUCCUCAAACCUACCGCACUUUUACCACCGGCUCUCGCUGUUACGCACAAGGCUACGGCGAUGGAAAAGGAAACCCUAUCCAAGACAACCCUCAAAGCCAACCGCCUUCGAGCGACUUACAGCAAGCGUCAGAGCACCCGGGCCCCGACCCCCCGGACGUAGGCCAGAAAGCCAACAGCGGGCCGACCAAAGCCGGGCUUAACAAGAGCAUGAAAGACGCCGCAGCGCGGGAGUCCGGCCAGAAACAACCCAAGACCCCCGAAGACGCCAGCGCGCAGUCGGGCGGCUCGCGGUCGAAGGAAGCGACGGAGACGGGAGGAAGUCCCACAGGAGGCAGCAUCGCCAACGCGGCGAGCCAGAGCGGAGGUGAGGCGCUGAAAGGUCCGCAGGGCAAGGGAGCACCUAGCCCCAAGAUCUAUAACCAGGCCAUACCGGCCGUCAAGUCCGGACUGAGUGACGAGCAGAAGCAGGAAGUCGAAAGGCAUAACGCGGACUUCGAGAAGCGGCAUGAUCGCGCCGCGCCGGCGUCUGAGGAUAAGGUUGAUCCGAAAUUUUGGAAGGGGACGUGAGUACAUGCGUGUUGCUCGUUGUACUUUUUAUCUUUGCUGUAUUAUAUUGAAUUUAUUGAAAUUGGUGGUUUUGCUGCCGUUAUUUGCUGCCGCGUUUUAAUGUAGUACAUUGUAACUGACUUAUCGUGGACACAGCGGUGGUCGUAACCAAACCCCAGGGGUUGAUUGGAAUGCGUAGGUGAUGGGUCGAUGUUGUGCCAUUGUUUCUGCUACACACGUUCAGGGGGUAUUCCAAUGUAGAUAUUCUUAUGUCCUUGUAUCAUCAUUAUACUCAUACUCAUUGGUGCUUCACUGUUCGAAUGAUA